AUGAAGUCCGUCAUCGCUGUUGCUGCCUUCGCGGCUGUGGCUCGUGCCAACUGGGAGGACGACCCAGUUGCUGGCAAGACCACCACGACCACCACUGCUACCACGGCGUCGUGGUCCGACUACCCAGUCGAUCCUACCUCCAAGACCACCACCACUACCACGACCACCGCCUACUCGUGGUCUGACUUCCCCGUCGAUCCCACCAAGAAGACAACGACAACCACCACGACCACUGCCUACUCCUGGUCCGACUACCCCGUCGAUCCCACCAAGAAGACGACCACCACCACCACGACCGGCUACACCUGGGCUGACUACACCAAGUCCUCCAGCAGCUCGACCACCAAGCCAGUGAAGGACAAGACCACUACUACCACCACCACUGCUACCUGGGGCGACUACACCGCCAAGACCACCACGACCACCAAGCCCGUCAAGGCGUCUACCACCACGACCAAGCCAGUUGCUGCCAGCUCUACCUACGUCUGGUCCGAUGCUCCAGUCGAUCCUGCCUCGACCUGGGUUGAUGCCGAUGUCUGCAGCGUUGUCACUGUGACCAAGACUGCGUCCAAGUACAUCUGGGUGCCUGUCGCUGGCGCCACCACUACUUCGACCUCCGCUGCCUACACUUGGGCCGACUACACCAGCUCGACCACGAAGCCGGUCAAGCCAGCCACCACCACCACUACCUAUGACCCGACCUGGGCCGACUACACGAGCUCCUCCACCACCAAGCCCGUGAAGCCAGCCACCACAUCCACAACCACCACCUCCGCCGCCUACACCUGGUCCGACUACACCGGCGCCCCAACCACGACCUCCACCGCCACCUCCACCAAGGGCUGGACCACCUCCUACUCGUCUGCCUCCACCACCACCAGCUCCAAGCCCGCCCCCACUGCCGCAGUCUGCCCCAAUGAUAGUGGCAAGACCAUCCUGACCAGCGGCUCGUGCGGCUGCAGCUUCCAGAUCAACUGCGCCGUCCGUGCUUCGCCCGGCGCGGGCUCCAAGUUCUGGCAAAAGGAUGCGAAUGAGCUGGUCGAUACGCUUGAUGCCUGCAAUGCCCAGUGCAACGAGAAUGCUCUGUGUGAGACUACUCUGUGGGUCGACAAGGCCGGCGACAAGGACUACCACAAGUGCUACCAGGUCUCCGGUCUUGGACCGGUCACCGGUGAUGGCUAUGCGCAGAUCUCGUAUAAGACUUCGUGCUCUGGUGCCUGUGCUGCUAGCUAUAGCUCUUAA